AUGGCAGCUUUCAACCUCACCCCCUCUGACCCUUCAACAUUCACCUUAAUGGGCAUCCCUGGGCUAGAAGCUGCUCACAUCUGGAUUUCCAUCCCUUUCUCUAUGUUCUUUGUAAUUGGCCUGUUGGGAAAUUUCAUGCUUCUUUUUGUUGUAAGCAAAGAACAGACCCUGCACAAGCCGAUGUACCUGCUACUCUGCAUGCUGGCACUCACAGACAUUGGCACCUCUACCUCCGUCGUGCCGAAGGCACUGUGUAUAUUUUGGUUCAAUUUGAAAGGCAUUUCUCUGGGUGGCUGCCUCACCCAGAUGUUCUUCCUUCAUGCGGUUUCUAAUAUGCAAUCAGCCGUCCUCGUGACAAUGGCCUUUGAUCGCUAUGUAGCCAUAUGUAACCCUCUGAGAUACGCCACCAUCCUCACCAAUGCACGAAUAGCUAAACUAGGGCUCUUCGGUUUGAUAAGAGCUGUUCUCUUCAUUCUGCCCCUGCCCCUGCUCCUGAGCAGGCAGCCAUUCUGUAACAACCGCAUUAUCCCCCACACGUACUGCGACCACAUGGCUGUGGUGAAGAUGUCGUGUGGGGACACCACAGUCAGCAGAUUGUACGGCUUGGUGAUAGCGGUUGUAGUCAACGGAUUAGACCUGAUGCUCAUUGCCUUGUCAUAUGGUCUGAUCCUCAGGGCCGUCCUCAGAAUCUCCUCCAAGAAAGCCCAUGAGAAAGCCCUCAACACCUGCACAGCCCACAUCUGUGUGAUGUUGAUGUCUUAUCCUCCCUUCUUCUUUUCCACUCUGACACAUAGGUUCAGUCAGGGCAUCACUCCCCACAUUCAUAUUAUCUUGGCCAACCUCUAUUUCCUCCUCCCCAACAUGCUGAACCCUAUCAUUUACGGGGUCAAAAACAAAGAACUUCGUGAGAAAGUGGUCAAAUGCACUUCCAGAAUGUGUUCUCUCUGGGGCCACUGACAUUAAACCUUCCUGACUGGAUGGGGAAAUGAUAUCUCCUUGUUAAUCACAGGUGCUCUCUCCUAGUUUGGCUUAACUCACCAUUGUAGAAGUUCACUGUACAAGAAAUUCCACAUACCUAAUAUCUUAUCAUUCCAUCUCCAAGCUCUGCUCUCUCCAUUGCUGAGUUCCCUCUCUCUGACCAUCACCUGACCUCUUUCAGUAUCCCCAUCAGCCCCCAACCCGCACACACCCUGUCGCUUGGCCUUUCCAUGACUUCCAGACCACCAAAAGAUAUUGCAGCUUUCUGGUGCAAGGUGGCUUGUAUUAAUCCCUGUGUGAACAGGUUUCUUGAUCAGUUUGACAAACUAAAGCUGCGCUUUUACAAAGCCAAAGACAAAGAAAGAAACAACAAUGCUGAACUUCUUUUUCAUAGGUGCAGUGAUCCGGUGAGUAAAAUUUACCUUCUAGAGCUUAUUGGUGAGAGUUGUGAAACCAUGUAUUUUUGAGAACGGGACUGCUAUAUUAAACUACAACCAAAACCAUUGAGUCGCUUUCCAGUUGGAACUCUCAAAACAGACACUAACAGUUCACAUUGUCGAAGAUGUUAAAAUAGGUGUCGAGAUUUCAUGUUGGAGUUUUGAAACAGAUGAAACAGAGAUAGCCACCAAAUGUCAAAGUGAUUGGAUCGCUUGCAGUAUUAAGUCCUUCUACUGCACUCAGCUCGGCACAACCUACAUUGGCUGAUAUCUCAUUUUUGCCAU